GCCAAAGUUGCACAGCGCAGGCAGGAAAGUUUUGCCGGAUACGACAAGUGAUCUCAACUUCUGUCAUGCGGACGUUCAGAACAAACACGUGGACUAAGGACUUUCAAAAAUAAGGACUGUCGUGCAGCUACAUGGAAGUUUGGAGGGAUUUUUCUCCUUGUCCUUGCGGGUGAGAGCAACGCUUAACGGGACUGCUGGCUUCGCUGCUGCACGCUGUUUGUUUCAAUGGACUGCCGCGGGUUUUAUCACUCUAUAAGUUGGACGAAAACUAUUGCACGCUCGGAGACAAGUGUUCAAGACGAGUAUGACCUAACUUUGUUGACGUUUUGCUAUGUAGCCUAGCCUCGGGGGUUUAACAGCAAUGAACUCUCCCCGCGACCAGGAGCUGGCACCCUUAUCUCGCAAACACCGGCUCAUGGCUGCAUCAAUGCCCGGUGAGGACAGCGCGCUGCCCCGCACCACUUCCAGGGCUGAUCGGAACGGAGUGGGGGGUCUGGUUCACUGUUUCAUAUGCGGGAGCGGGGUCACACCUGGGAAGGAACUGAGGCUGCAAGUGACAUAUCUGAAAGAGAGGUCGCCUUUUUUCCCGUUUCUCCAGAACCAAGAGCCAGCCCCGGGUGCGUGUGAACUCAGCCCGGAUGGCUGCGCGCUGGUGUGCGCCGUGUGCCACUGCUUCCUGACGGAGCAGUGGAACUCAUUUGAGCGGAGCAGGACGCCCAUCGAGAAGCGCAUGUAUUGGCUGAAGCGACCCUACCAGUGCGACUCCAGGCGGGUCCCACAGGAGUGGAACGUCUCCUACGACCUGGAGAGGAGAAUCAGCGUGGGCAGCCACAACUACGACGGAGGCGCAGACUCUGACUUCUCAUCUUUUUCUGAAAACGAGAACCUUUCAGAUCAGGAGAUGGAUCUGGUGGAGAGAGUGGGCAAGGACAAGUGUCUGAGAGCGCCCGUCAAAUUCCCAAGAGACAGUAGCAGGAAAAACAAUGUCAUCAGUAUUAAAAGCAGCCCGGAUUCACAGCGGGCGGUGCGCUGCGCGGCGGGCGUUUAUGACGCUCGGGAAUUGCCUAAAGCUGAGAGUGUGCAGCCGGCAAGGCGCGGGGCUAAAAUUAUGAAUGUCAGUCAGUCAUCAGAAGCUCUGCUGAAGCCCCAAGAGAGACACACUCAGCGCUGCUGUGGCAAUUCUCUAACUGACACACCUGUGCGAGACAACGGGGUCAUUAUGCGCAACAGGCGCUGGUUGGAGGAGGAGAGUGUCAGACAUGUGGAGCAGCGUCAGAUCCAGCGUGUUGCCGACAGCAGCUGCGCUCCGUCCAGAUAUCCAUCUCUGCUGCAUCGAGGGAAAGCCGAGAGCAACUCCAGCGCUGCGCUGUCUCCCGUCAUCUCCAAAUGCAACUCGACCGUCGCCAGGGAGAUCAACUCUGACAACUCCGGAGAAGACGAGAUAAACAUCACAAGUGAUGAUGAGCGGGACAUUCGCUGUCCCAAACCAGGGCCAACAACUCAGCUUCGAGCUGCCUCAGAUCCUUCCGCCAGGAGGGUCUCCCAUCACACUGCUGGUUCCUCGCCAGAUGAACGGGUUUGUUAUAUCUGUGGUACUGGACUCAGACAUAGUGCCCAUUUCAAAAUCAGUGUUCAAAAACAGGAGAGGGCGCAGGGAGAGCCCUUCUUCCCUUUCCUGUGGCUCCACUCGGCUCCCAGAGGUGCAGUGCCCAUCAGCCCCUCAGGUACAACCAUUGUUUGUGGAAGUUGCCACUCCUCUCUCAUGCAGCAGUGGGAGAGCUUUCAGUUGGCUGAUGUGCCUGUGCUUCAGCGCCUCUAUGUCGUCCCCCUGAAUCAAACUUCCAGUGCUUCCGGUCUUCAUCCAUCCCUACACAACACACUCGACAGAAGAACUCCAGGUUCCCUGGAGGUCACACCUGAACCAAAGCCCUCCCAUGAAACAUGUUUCCUCUGUGGUCAGGAGGGUAGAGGGGAUUUGAGGGUCGUGUAUGCAAAAGCUGGCGUAGGGAAAUCCCGUGCUGUGAUGUACUUUCCUUUCAUUGGCUUGUUGCCUUGCCCACCUAACGCUCAAGCGGUGAAGAACGGCCGUGUGCACUGUUGCCCACAAUGCCACGCUAUUCUGCAGGACAUCUGGAGUGCGUAUCGACUCAGCCUCAGUGAAGAUCUCAUCACAUCUGUCAGCUCCUUCCUCGUUCGGUACCAUUCCUCCUUGUCCGCCGAUGGACAAGGAGGACAAGGAAGGUCCGGAGCCGUCCACUCUCAGGUGGGGGUGAUCUCUCGCCACAGCAGCUCCCUUUCGGUGUGUUACCUGUGUGGAGCGGAACUGAGUGCAGGUGCAGAGUACCAGCUGCAUGUCAAUCCCCCCAGUCGUUUUGUGGAGAGGGAGCCUUUCUUCCCAUUUCUCACAGUUUAUCCACCUGCACAAGGUGCUAAACCAGUUGAUGCCACAGGCCUCGUGUCCGCUUGUAAACUUUGCUACCACGACCUGCACUCUCAGUGGGCACAACAUGAGAGCAAGGCCCUGAAAUCCUCCAGCCCUUCUACCUCUGGCUUAGCUGGUGCUAACUCUCACCUGCCGAGCUCCCAGUGGGCCCGUCAGUACAGCUGUGAGGCCUUUGUGUGCUUCUUCUGCAGGCAGGAGCAGCACAGGCAAGGCAGGCUGUGCGCUGUCACUGUGGCUCGGCUUCCCGUGUUCCUGUACGCGCCUCGCAGCCCUCGCAUGCUUCUGGUGGAUGAUGGCAGGAGGCUGGUGAUAGGUUCGUGUGUGGAUUGCAAAGCGGUGGUGCAGGUGGGAGAGAGCAUGCAGCAGGAUGGAGCCAUGCCGGGACAUGGAGCCACACUUGGAGAGAAGAAUGACCCUGAAUUGAAUUCCCCAGCACAUAGACACAAGGCCAGUGCUUUGGUUUCAAGUAGCACUGGAGCCACUAAAGAGACAGACUCUGUGUCUUCACGACCUGCACGGGAUCACACGCCUUCAUGCCCUGUGACCUUAGCACCAGAGAGAGGAGACGCUCCACUUCCCAGCAUGAGCCAUGAGCCAAAGUCACCAUCAUUAGGAAUGAUCUCAACGGCAACCCGUACAACGGCGACGGUCAACCCCCUCACCCCGUCACCUCUGAACGGCUCCAUCGUAGCAAAUGGAAGCCCAGCUGCCCAGUCAUCCCACUCUGGAUUCGCCGCAGCCCUUCGUAAACUGGCAAAACAGGCAGAAGAACCUCGAGCUGCAUCCUCCAUCAGUAGUGAGUCGUCUCCAGUCUCCUCUCCGGCCACCAACCACAGCUCUCCAGUUAGUACUCCCAAGAGAGGUCCUCUUGGUCCAGGACCUGUGCUGGUUCCCCCAGCAGGUCACAGUGUGCCAAACACUCCGCCUGUAGUCACCAUAGCUCCUACAAAAACAAGCAACGGCCUGUGGAGGAACGAGGGCCGGCAGGCUGACUCGGGGCCCCGUGGGGCCAGCAGGGAACGUCUGGCUGCAGAGGGGACCUUCUCCCAAGAAAAAGGUGGCCCCUCGGUCCCUGCUCACCUCCUGGGAAACCCCUAUGCCUUUGGUCUCACCCCUGGUGCUGUCAUGCAGGAUUCACGGUUUCCGCCCCUUAACCUGCCCAGACAGUUGCCUAACGCGGUGCCACCUGGUGCCAUACCAGAGGAGUACCUCCGGAGUUUUCGGCCCUACGCCACAACCGAAGAUUCCCUCAGGAUGCAGUCUCUGCCUCUUGGGCUGGACCCUGCAGCAGCGGCGGCUGCAGCCGCCUACUACCACCCCAGCUACCUGCCCCACCCCUCCUUCACGCCGUACAGGAUGGAUGACCCGUUCUGCCUCUCUGCUUUAAGGUCACCUUUCUAUCCACUGCCAGCAGGGGGAGCUUUACCCCCCCUCCACCCUUCUGCUGUUCACAUGCACCUACCAGGCGUCCGCUACCCUGGAGAUUUUGCACACCCUUCAUUAUCAGCACUGCAGUCUGAGAGACUCCAGCUGGAAGAUGAGCUGCGACAGCGUGAGAGGGAACGCGAGCGAGAGCGCGAGCGAGAGCGCGAACGCGAAAAAGAAAGGGAGCGUGAGGCCGAGAGAGAGAAGGAGCGUGAGAGGGAACGCGAGCGUGAACGGGAACGGGAGAAGGAGCUCGAGAGGGAGAGGGAGCGUGAACGGGAACGGGAGCGCGAGAGAGAGCGAGAGAAGGAAAAGGAGAGGGAGAAGGAGCUGGAGAGGCAGAAGGAAAGAGCUCUGAGAGAGAAGGAGCUGCAGGCAUCCAAGGCCAUGGAGAACCACUAUCUGGCUGAGCUCCACUCCAUGAGAGGACAGGAGGAACGAAGCAAGCCUGAGAGGCUGACCCCUAACCGGGCUGAAAAAGCCAAAGAGCCUGCUCUUCCUGCUCCCAAACCAGUACCACCUGGAAUCCACCCAUCAAUGGUCCAACCCCACCAUCACGUUUCCAGUCUGAUCUCCAACCAUGCCCUCUACAUGGGCUCUGGCGCUGUGGGCGCAGGACUCACCGCCUCAAUGAUCACGCAGAGGGCCAACGAGGAGGAGAGAUGGCUGGCACGGCAACGCAGGCUGAGGCAGGAGAAAGAGGAUCGCCAGUCCCAGGUGUCUGAAUUCCGCCAGCAGGUUCUGGAGCAGCAUCUGGAUCUGAGCCGGCCCGCUGACGUACCGGAUCACAGGACAGACGCUCACAGGUCCAUGCAAAACCACCACGAGCCAGGAAGCAGAGAACAUCACCCCCACUUAGGCGCCCCUCCACCCCUCAUCUCGCCCAAACCUCCGCAGCCCCCACGUGAACACCACCCGCCACCUCCAACCACCCUAUGGAACCCCGCCUCUCUCAUAGAAACUGCCUCAGAAUCCAGACGUAGCCAUGAGCCCUCAGGGAUGGGCCACUUUGAGCUCAGUCGGGGGCCCUCGAAAUAUGAAGAUGGAACUCGAAGGAGAGACAUGGCGGUGAUUGAGAAAUACCCCCCUCACAGAACUCCUUCGUUCUCCGAGCACGGAACCUUCCUUGCUGAUCUAGAGAAAUCCACCCAGUCCUUGCUCAGCCAGCAGAGGGCGUCCAUGUCUUUGCCAAGUCAGUACGAAAUGGAGGGAAGCUUAAAAAUCCAUGCUGGACUGAAGAACCUGCAGGGACAUCCAGUGCACAGCAGGCAUGGACAAGGUCUUGGAAUAACAGCAGGAGCUGGGAUUGGACCACUGACUGCGCAGGGGCCGGCCCCAGACACGGCGCUGAUCUUUGAUGAGUUUCUGCAGCAACACCGAAGGCCUGUCAGUAAGCUGGACCUGGAAGAGAAGAGGAGAAGGGAGGCCAGAGAGAAAGGUUACUACUAUGAGCUGGAUGACUCAUAUGACGAGAGUGAUGAGGAGGAGGUGAGAGCUCAUCUCAGGAGGGUAGCAGAGCAGCCCCCACUGAAACUAGAUGACUCCACAGAGAAAUUAGAGUUUCUGACCAUGUUUAGCCUGACCACCGUGAGCCGGCGUGAUGAGCUCGUGCAACAAAAGAGAAGGAAAAGGAGGAGAAUGCUCAGGGAACGCAGCCCUUCACCUCCUGCUUCACAGUCCAAGCGCACGCCCCCACCCCCUCCUGCUCAGCUCAGCACGCGCUUCACCCCGGAGGAAAUGGACCGAGCACCAGAACUGGAGGACAAGAAGCGAUUUCUCACCAUGUUCAAACUCUCUCAUGUCACCUUGCAGGAGAGAAAAGACAAUGAAAGAGUGGUGGAACUGCUUCAAGCCAUUAAAGAAAAAAGUGUGACCUUGGAUACAGUCAGACAUGCACCUCAUCCACUGUGCAAGAGCCCUCCAGCACAUGUUUCUGAUCCAGCAUUUACUCACCACUCCUCUGAAUCUGAAGACCACCAUAAUGUCAGACAGCAUAGUCCUCCUUCACAUUGCCCAGCAUCCCCCAAUGGUCAUCCAAAACCCGUUGGGGAUACCUUGCGGCCAAAGGCGCCCCCCUCCCCAGCUGUCUACCCAGAUAAGGCCCGGGGGCCCGGUGAGGGACCCAUCCCGAAGAGGAACUCCAGCUUGCUCAACAGCUUGCGGCCGCCACUCCCCCUGCAGGCUAAAGAGGGACUUCGCAGCGUCAAUGGCCGCACAAAACCUUGGGACAGCUUCACCCCGGAGGAAUUCGCCCAGCAGUUCCACGAAUCUGUUCUUCAGUCCACUCAAAAAGCUCUGCAGAAACACAAAGGAGUAGCAGCAAAUGUGUCAGAUUCAUCUCACCUCCAGGAGUCCUCGGUCCACUAUAACAUUCCCGAGCUUCAGAGCGCCCCGAGCCGUCCGCCUCAGCCACUUUCCCAGCCUCACUCGAAUGCACCACCAUUUCCCCUGCCCCUUUCCCACUCCCUUGCCCACCCUCAGCCCAAUGGACAGCACUUUCCAAUGCCCCUCCACAAGGAGGCAGCAGUGAUGAGGGAGGACCUGUCUGGUCCUGAUGACUCAGAAGAGGAGGAUGAUGAGGAGGAAGAAGAGGCUUCGGUUCCCAAGUGGCAGGGAAUCGAAUCUAUAUUUGAAGCAUAUCAGGAAUAUGUUGAAGAGCAAACUUUGGAGAGGCAAGUAUUACAGAGCCAGUGUCGAAGACUAGAAGCUCAGAACUACAACCUCAGUCUGACUGCUGAGCAGCUGUCUCACAGCAUGGGGGAGCUGAUGUCGCAGCGACAGAAGCUGGCAGUGGAGCGGGAGAAGCUACAAGCAGAGCUGGAGCACUUCAGGAAGUGUCUGACACUCCCGCAGACACAUUGGCCGAGAGGCAGCCAUUACAAAGGAUACCCUCCAAGGUGACCCCGACACGCCAACCUGAAGACCCCCUGCUCCCGGCCGCCUCCCCUUCAGACUUAGAGUUUAUUUUUUCACGGCCUCGUCCUUGUGGCUUCGUGGAGGGGAAUGUGGCUGGCUAGAUAAGAUUAGUGAAUUAAAUGGCUUGAGUGAAUGAAUAAACAGGUGAAUGCACAAGAGACAGGACCAGUCAUUGAAGGACAGUUAGUCUUUGGACUGUGGCUUGCCAGGGACUGCUCCAAAAGCCACUGAUGCGUGCCAAUGUAGCCAACCCUGAGCUCAGCGAAGCAGGAGAACCUGAAGAUCAACACACAGUUUCAAGCAAAUGCCUGCUCGUCACAUUCUUUAGCUCCUGCUGCUCUGCUGUUUAGUUCCUGCAUCCCUCACCACCACAGCCACACAGACAAUCCUGCCAAUGAAGGAGCAGCUGCCCCCCUUUGCCCCUCGAGGGGUUUCAUCACAAGACUUGAAAGCUCCGAAUCUCCAAACGAAGGCUUCCGGCCAGUUGGGACAGAUUUUUACCACAACGGCUAUGUGAGCUUUUGAACUGGAAAUGCACUUAAGAAUAAAAGCUGAAGAACUACCUGUUGGUACUGUGUUACAACAAAGAACUAUUCAAAUUAGGGAAAACCUUAGAAAAUGUAAAUUUUUUUGAAAAGAAUUAAGGAAAUGUUUUAUUUCAAAAUAGAAAGUUUGAAAAUAAGAAUUUUAAAGGGUGCUUCAGCCUUGUAUUGUACAUAAUAUGAAGACUUAAAUGAAUUUUGUAUGUUUUUAUUACUUUAAUCAUUGUUCUUUCAAAAGAAAAGCCUGCCAUUUUUAUAUGUUUAUGCUUUUUGGGGGGGUGGGAGGGGGUUAAAAAAAGCCUUGCUUUUAGUGUUUUUUUUUUGUUGUUGUUGUUAUUUUUGCUGCUGCUGGCCAGAAAAAGCUCACUCUGCACUCUGAGAUGUUUUACAGAUGGAGUGAAAGCAGGACGCGCUCCUGCGUUCUUCCUGUCCGGACUCAGAGCAGCUGAGACCCAGCCACAGCCCACCUCAUCUGGCCUCUGAGCUCAGCAAAGCUGGCUCAGAGACCCCGAGGCACAGCCCCCCCCGACCCCCUGCUGCACAGCAACAUGCCUGUGUUUCCCCCUCCUCUGCUAUGCUUCACUGCUGCCGGCAUGACUAGUUAGUCAUAUCUUCACCCAUAAAUCAGACUUACAGUGAUGUACAGGUGCAUCUCAACAAUUCAGUUAUUCAAUUCACAAAGGCAAAGUCAUAUUUUAGAGAUUAUUACAUGUAGACUUAUCUAGUUCAAGAAAAUAUUUUUGGUUAAAGUUGAUUAUGGCUUCCAGCUAAUUAAAAAAAGACUUUAAAAACAGAUAUUAAAAAAAGCUAUUUUAUUUUACAGUACAGUAUCUGCACUCAAAACUUGGUCAGGGCUCCUUUUGCUUGAAUUACUGUGUCAGUGCAGCGUGACAUGGAGCCUCUGGUUCUGAUGAGGUGCUCAGGUUUGCUUUGGAACUGUUGGGUCUCCCAUCUUCCUCUUGACAAUUUCUAACAAUAUUCCCUGUCGGAUUUAUGUCUAUGUUUGCUGCUCAGUGUAUGACAUUGUACUCAAGGUAGGUGCUAAGUCCUGCUGGAAGAUGAAAUCAGCAUCUCCAUAAAGCUAAAGUUCUCUAAAGUUUGAUAGUAGAUGCUGACUUUGGACAUGAUGAAACAAAACAAACAAAACAAAAAAAAAAACAGACCAACACCAGCAGAUGCCACAGCACCCCAUACCAUCACUGGGGUGCCAUUACUAUUCUUGCGAGCUUUUUAAAUGAAUUACAGAAAUAAACUUUUUGGUGAUGGUCUAAUUUUUUUGGGAUGCACCUUUACAGUUUAUAUUUAGGGACCCUCAAAAACAGCCAGCAGAUUAAACUGCUUCUUAAUACUUUAAAUAUCGACUCAUUUACAGAAUAUAGCUUUGAAGCCACUUUAAUCAUUACACCUUACAAAAUUAAGCCCUUAUCAAACAGUCAUCAAAGGACACGGUGCCAAAAAAAAAAAUUGAAGGAUUUUAUCGUCUUUAAUUUUGAUUAAAAUUGUAAUUGGAGAGCCAAACUUUCCAUCAAGAAUCUUCCAUUUCUCUUGACCUUUUUUGAAGGAUCCCAAUGCUGCCCAAAGCUGUCAUCAUGUUCGAAAUAUUAGCCACAAAAUCACACAUGUAAUUAAGCUGGACCUGAUUACAGAGCUUUUUUUGUUUGUUUGUUUGUUUUACGUUGCACACAUGUUUACAACUUCUCCUCGCCCCUGAAAUCUGUCCAAGACGUUCACCUACUUCAUUCACCAUCAGAAUCAUUCAGCCUGAGUUUUAGGGCUGAAUGUGCCAUCUGAACCCCUGGAGGCCAUUCGACAUGACUGUCAUUUUUUAAGGUGUUGAUGUAAAAACAUGAAGCCUUUCGAAAAUUUUAGAUUUUUUGACUAAGACUGAAGCACAAUUAUGCCACGCGAACCCUAUAUCCCUUCCAAGUGCCUCAGUAAUUUGGGAGCAUGUGAAUGAGUUGCAGUCCACACGAUGAACAUCGGCAAUCAGGGACUUUACAUCCACGUGUCUGCAGCAUGUCACACCUUCAAAAUAAGACUUCGAGAUGACAUGAAAUAAAUUUAUCCAAUCACUAAUUCA